GCGCACACAAACAGGGAUAAAACCCGCGUGCGCUCUGACGGACUCGUAGGAGAGAACUUGAAGUGCGCAGCGGAGGCGCGUGCAGCAGCUGAUGAAAGAGCUGGAAGUCGCUCCUCUUCACGUCCGUCAUCACGAGACUCUCAUGGGGUCCAGCUCAGAGUGAAGAAAAGGCGCGCACUUCCCGAGCUACCUGUGGAGACGUGAGCGCGCUCAGCCGCCACUUCCCGAAGAGCCGACCAUGUCGCUGGAGGUGAAGGAGAAGACGCAGGUGCGCGUGGUCUUCCUGGGCGCCGCGGGCGUCGGGAAGACGGCUCUCAUCCGGCGCUUCCUGCAGGACUCCUUCGAGCCCAAACACCGGCGCACCGUGGAGGAGCUGCACAGCCGGGAGUACGACAUCGGCGGGGUGAAAGUCACCGUGGAAGUCCUGGACACCAGCGGCAGCUACUCCUUCCCCGCCAUGCGCAAGCUCUCCAUCCAGAACAGCGACGCCUUCGCGCUGGUCUACGCCGUGGACGACCCGGACUCCCUGGAGGCGGUCAAGAGCCUCCGGGACGAGAUCCUGGAGAUCAAGGAGGACAAGUACGCGCCCAUCGUGGUGGUGGGCAACAAGGCGGACCGCGAGCGCGAGCGCCAGGUGUCCGCCGAGGACGUGCUGGCCACCGUGGAGAUGGACUGGAACAACAGCUACGUGGAGGCGUCCGCCAAGGAGAACGCCAACGUGGUGCAGGUGUUCAAGGAGCUCCUGCAACAGGUGAACCUGCCCAGCCGCCUGAGCCCGGCGCUGCGCAGGCGCAGGGAGACCUUCCCGAAGGACACCGACUUCAGGCCGCCCAUGAACAAGACCAACAGCUGCGUCCUGUCCUAGACGCUGGCGCACAGCCGCACCUGGACGUUUGAAUCCCGGAGGCGCGCUGCACGCGCGUCCACGCGGACUCUCCGAUCUGUGUCGUUUCUUUUGGUGCCAUCAAGCUGCUUUAGAAGCUGUAAAACAGACUGUUUCCCGCCAGAAAGAUGGUCGCUUUUGUGCGUUUUUAAUGUGACUUUCUCCAGUCAAUCACAUGUAGCACAUCAUACGUUUACAAUGUUGUAAUUUUGGAUUAUUCUCAUGUUGAAAACGAAUAAAAAAAUGUCAAAGCACUUUUUAUUUGAAAAUGAAGACAUUUUUAUUGUAUAAAAAUGAACAUUUUUGAUUAUUUUUAUGUGCCAUGUAUUCAAAUGUAUGAAAUGUAGAUGUUUAAUAAAAGGUUAAACCACAAAAAA